ACGAACGGCUUAAGCUUCAAAACAACCAACAAAUCGCACACCGAUGCUUACAAACAGUCGAACCGCGCAACAAGAAACAUCGCACCGCACGCUACCGGUUUGCCGGAUCGGAUCGGGAACUACUCCUCCUCGUCGUGAACCUCCUCCAACGUACGCUACAACGGAACGGUGCUCAUCGGCAAAUCGAAAGGCCAGAAACGAUCGAAAUAACUCGUCCAGCAGGAAGUGAUAUGUUUUUUGGUAUUUUUUACGAGCCAGUAACCUUCUUGCAUUCAUUUCCUCGUGAAUUGCGCGGAUAGCAUGCUUUGGGCGCCAGUACGGUGCAUUCGCGAAAGGGAAUUGAAUCAAGCAGUGCAUUCGUCGCAUACUUUUGGCGUGCAGUAGGGCAGUGCAGUGUGUGCUCGUUCGUAUUAUCUCAUCGAAAUCGAGGCUAGCGCAGACAAGUGCAUCGUGCAUGUUGUACAUGCGGUAGAUUAAUAAAAAAACAACACCACUUCAGUUGCAUUUGGAGGAAAAGUGCAUCGUACCUUGUGAGACCGCUGAGAACGGCUGUAAUUUCUUACGCCAGUGUGUUAUGCGAGUAUUAACCAGUGCCUAAGCUAUAGUCCCAGCCUCGCGCAGCUCGUAGUUGUUUGGUUUGUUUUGCUGGCUGGCGGUUAUGUCGAAAGUGGUGAGCAAGAGUUAGUCGAACUCUAAAGUUCUACGAAAACGGAUGUUUGUACGGAGCGAUUGAAGUGAAGGCCACUCUGCGGCGGGCGAUCGAUUUCCAAAACGGUAUUGAGUGCUAUUCGUUGUGCUUUUUCGUCGGUGCCAAAUACCUGUGAUAGGUGUCAUCUAGUGAAAAUGAAUAAAUCUGUGAUAAUUGUAAGCGUCUUGCUCGUUUUGGCAAACAUCCAGACCCCUCCAGUGGAAGCCACAGUUUUGCGGCUAAUCACCGAAGCGCUCCAAAACAACAUCGCCGGCAUUCCGUUGAUUCACAAAACCGAAGAAUUCGACUUCGACCCGGAAGUUAGCAAAAAGCGAAGAGAAUUGUACUACGAGCAACACGGAUAUCGAGGAGAGAAGGCCAUCGAGCGGUUGGGACUCGGAAUCGACGGCAAGCACCGGGAACGGGCAGCCCAGCAGCGAGCACGUGACGAAGGACAUCUGAAUGGGUUGAACGAUCAUCAGCCUUGAGAGUUCGGAACAGUCAGCAGUGGCACGAUGGUGAGAUGAGACGUUGUUGACGUCCCUCGUCGUCCAACCACGGAGUGAACGGAGAGUCUGCAAAUGAUAGGAGUGUGUGCGGUUUGGUUCUGGUUGCCCAAUGAUGAUACCCCCAGUGCUGUUUUAGUCGUACUUGUUGUCGGUUUUAUGCACAUGUUUUAGAUGGCGAGAAUUUGAGAUAUAGAGCCGCAGUUGUUGCAAUAUACGUUGCGUGUAUGUAAGAUGUAUUGAA